UGUGCCUACUGAUUAUCCAGUCAUUGUUAAUCAAGCAUUGCACUUCUGUGACUGUGUGUAUGGCUGAAGGUACUGCAAUGGAUUGUGCCUUUGGAUUUGAGCUACUAUUUCACAAACAUACUAUCAAUGCAGUGUUUUUCAUUGCUGAUAGGGAUUAAACUGGGAGAGCAGAAUGAUGAUACAUGAUACAUUACCUACCUACCAAAUUUUGAUCUCCAUAUGAAGAUUCAGAUGGGGAGGCUCAAAUCAGAAGUCAGAACACCACCAGGUGGCCAAUUUCAGAUGCUGACACAGGUUGAUGCAGGUUCUUAGAUGCUCUGACAUAACAUCUGAUGGAUCAGUAUGGGCCUUCAAUAGCUGACUGAUUCUCAAAAGCUUGGUAGGGUGCCCUUAAAUGGGUGUAAAGGAUGUCAAUUCCAUGCCAAUUGGGUUAUGAAGGCCCAUGUGGGGCUUUGACUUUGGGUCAAAGGGGACCAGCAUGGGUUCAAAUGGCAGUUAUGGGAGUUCUCAAAACCUGUGGGGCUUUCAAAAGCCAGUAUUGCUGACCUUGGCCCUCAGGCUCAAGAUCCUGUAUGGAACCAUCACAGAUUGACCUCAGUUGCUGGUGAGCUGGCUCUCAACAAUCAGAGUAGGAUGCUCAGAAGUCAGCAUAGACCCAUCAAAGGCAAAAUUGGCCCAGAAAAGGUUAUGCAGGCAUGGGCUUUAGGCAUUAGAAUUCAUGGGCUUUAGGCAUUAGAAUUUAGACCCACAUGAGUGAGUGAAUGCCCAUAGAGAUGGUAUGGUGUGGGACCCUCAAAAACCUGCUUGGGACCUUGGGUGCCAGUGUAGGGCUGUUGGAGGAUGACAGAUGCAGUGUUCUCAGAAGCCGCCAUGUGCUCUCAGAGGUUGAUAUGAUGCCUGGAGAGGCCACUGUGACUCAGCCUUUAUGGGGCUCUCAGAGCCAGGAGUGAGCCCUCAGCAGUUUGAGCCUGCCCUCAGCUGUCAGUGUGGGGCCCAUUAUAGGUUGUUAUGGUACCAACAGAGAUCAGUGUGGGCCCUUCAUAAGACUCAUUUGGGGUCCCCGAAGAUCGGUGUAGAAACCGGGAGGUCGAUGUAGAAACCGGGAGAUCGGUGUAGAAACCGCACGCGGACCAUUGAGCCCUAGAUGGGCGAUCCACACGGGGCACAAGGUAAGGUCUCUCUUUGCGCGCAUGGACACGCAAACUCCACACUUUAAUUUCAGUUCCCAAUUUUGCGGUCACUCGUUCAUGUAGGCCUACAGAACUUCUUUUUACAGAAAAGGACGCCUUCACUGUGCGUACCUCGAACAUACUCGUAAUACAAGUACUUAAGCCAUCGUUAAGGUUUGGUGGUUGGGCCAUUAGAGAUCAUUGACCAAGAAUAGUCGGUCAUCUUUCCCGAUUAUUUCAAGAGUCCAAAAAUAUUCUGCUAAAAUGUUCUUACUCUUUCACACUGACACGAGCCAAAGGAUAUUUAACGUGCAUUUAACAAGCAAUGGCUAUUUUAUGGCCAUAUCGGGAGUAAGUUAUCAUAUUUGGCCUCAGGCCAACAGCUCAGCCGCCAAAGGUUGUAAAAGGCCAAAAUCACUAAGUUGAAAUGAAAGCUUGAACGUAUGCAAAGCUCUAUGGCCUCUACCCCCACUGAAUGACUCUGAUAACCUAAACAGCAUAUCGUAAAAUGUAUAUAGAAGUAUUUUGUGGUGUCGGAACUCGGAAGUCAACCUGGCCGCCCAGUAAAAAUUCCUUAGCUGAGCCGCUAACCAGAGCCCUUCCUAAGCGGAGCCUGCUGCGUAGUUUCUAAAUUCUAUCGUCUUAUCCCAUAGAGAAUUUCUGGCCUCUGGGUGCACCACAGAGGUGCAUCCGUCAACAUGAUUCCUCUAGAUACAAAGGUGCCGAAAACGCCGAUGCUGCGCUCCAGAUGCUGCCGUUAUCUGUAUCAGGCAGUUGAACCGCACGCCGUGUGACUCCUCUGUCGCCAGGCGCCGUGGUGUGAGCGCCGUGUGUGUGUGCCGACGGCCGACGGUAUCUCUCUGAUGAUACCGGCGGCCUAUCGGGCGCCGACCGGCCGACUGCCAUGAGUGGGUCCGGCGGCGGCGGCGGCGGCUCGCCGGCCGCGGACCAGGAGUCGGCGCCGCGCUGGGCGGAAGCGGCGCUGCGCGGCUACCAGCGGCAGAUCGGAGCGCUCGAGAUGCCUGAGUGGGAACAGACGGUGGAGCGCCGCCGCGCCCGCGGAUACGGCGGUGCGCCGCGCAAGUCGGCCAAGCCGGCCACCGGUCUCAUCGACCUCGACUUGAUCAGAGGCUCGACGUUCCCCAAGGCGAAGCCGCAGCAGGGCAUGUGGUUGGUGGUGCGACAGGGGCUGCUGCGCGCCGCGCUGCUGCCGCUCUACAGACGCUGGUGGCAGCGGCACGUCGGAGACCGCCUGUUCGUGGCCCUGCUGGCCGCCUACCUGGUCUACGUCGGCAUAGCGGUGCUGCACUGCACCGCGGACGCCGCGGGGGCCACCGUGCAGAUCACCGCCCCGGAAUUGCUGACUCCUCUGCUAGUGGCGCUGGCUCUCAGCAUCCUCAAGUCGCAAAUCGUCGCCUGCAACGAGUCUUACAUGUCUUCCGGCGGCGCGCGCAUGAAGGCCUCCUCCGUGCGGCUGAAGCGGCGACACCCGCCUCAGAGCUCCAGCUCCUUGAUCAGUAACGGCACCAGCGAGCAGGGCCUCUCCGGGUCCAUGACGGUGCCCUCCAGCACCGAGCAGAGCGUGCUGACCGGUACCGCCAGUGAGCCGUUCAUACUGGAGCCGACCGUGGCGCCGCCGGUCCCGGAGCCAGGCAGGGUGGACAGUCUGGGACCGUUCCCCUCCCGCAGCGCCGAGACCGCACCGCCGCGCCGGCCGCCGCCCCAGACCCGGUCGGCCUCUCACGAGCUGGUGUCGCGCCGCCGGCCGCCGCCGCCACCGCGCUCUCUGUCGGCCGACAGCCCGCCGUCGGCCAAAUUCCCCUCUCCGCUGCCACCGUCGGGUACAGUGGGUGGCCCCGAGCUGCGGCGGCGCGGCAGCCGGCAGCGCGCCGGCCGGCCCAAGCUGGUGCGGAUCGCCGACCUGCCGGAGACGGUGGACAACUACCACACCGACUCGACUGAUACUGAGGGCAAGUCGGACGGCGACGAGCUGCUGGCCGAGCUCAGUCCCAGCUCGUCGACGUCGGCGCUGUCCAAGGGAGUGCGGCAGUCGGCCGGCGGGACGGCGACCGGCGGCCCCGGCGGCAGGACGCUGCUCCGACCCGAGUUCCGGAGUCCGGUGUCGGACAGCUCGGCGGCCGAGAUCAGCUGCUCGGAGCGGCGUGACUCGGACGACUGUAACUCCUCGCGCCGCUCCUUUGUCAAGGCGGCCGUCCAGCAGCGCCGUAUGGCGAUGGGCAGGCGGCGCUGGCGGCGCUGGACCCCGCCCGCCUCCUCGGCCGAGAGCCACGCCCACUUGGACGCCGCCAGCCAGCAGACGUCGGGCUCGGACUCUGACGCGUCGUACAGCUCGGGCGAGUCGGCCACGUCUGGUCACCGAGACGCCAGCAGCGGCUGGGACAACCCACUGCAGACGGCCAGCAACGCCGACCACACCGGCUGCACCAUCUGGGAGGGCUGCGACAUGAAGAAGGUCGACCUCACCACGCUCGACAUCUGCUCCGUCAUCGUCAACCGGGUCGAGUCGAUGCCGCAGUCCACCGACUAUCUCGUCUUCGGUCUAGUGAUGUCUGGUCUGAUCGCGCUGCUGCCCACCCUCUGCCGGCUGAUGAUGGGCGGCGCUGUGCUUACCGGGCCCUGCUGGCCGCCGGCGCCCUCCGUACCCGCUCUGGUGAACGCCACCGCCCAGCUGACCCGGCACGUCAUCAAGGUCACCGACGAGGCGUUCGGCGGCACGGCCAGGGAGCGCGCAGUGACGACGGGCUGCCUGCUGGUGACACUGCUCGUCACCAGUCUGCUGUUCUUCCUUCUGAGCGUGGUGGAGCGCUCCUUCAAACAGCGCCUCCUGUACGCCAAGUACUUCUGCUACCUGACCUCGGCCCGGCGUGCCAGGAAGUUUGAGCUGCCCCAUUUUCGUCUGAAGAAGGUGCGCAAUAUCAAGACGUGGCUCUCCGUACGCUCGUGUCUGAAGAAGCGCGGCCCGCAGCGCUCCAUCGACUCGAUCGUGUCGGCGGCCUGUCUGACCACUGUCGUACUGGUCACGCUGCUCUGUGUCGAGCUGCUGGAGAACAGCGAUUCACCACGCAUCGACUACUACCGCAUUCAGCUCGUCGUGUGGUGCUUCUCGCUGGGCGUAUACCUGGUGAGAGUCAUGUCCCUGGGCUCGUACAUCAACCGCAAGUACCGCAACCUCUCGGUGGUGCUCACCGAACAGAUCAACCUGUAUCUGCAGAUCGAGCAGAAGCCGCACAAAAAGGAGCGGCUCGUGCUCGCCAACAACGUGCUCAAGCUGGCCAGCGACCUCCUCAAGGAGCUGGAGAACCCGUUCACAGUGCUGGGCUUCUCUGCCAACCCGUUCCUGUACAACGCCACCAAGGUGAUCGUGCUGUCCGCCUGCAGCGGCGUGCUCUCAGACAUGCUUGGCUUCAAGCUGAAGCUCUACAAGAUCAAACUCAAGUGAGCCUCCCGCCUCAGCAGCAGGCGAGAGCGACGGGCGUGAUGUCACCCGAGUUUUUGUGACAUUUCAGGUGGGAGAUGAAGCUGUGCGUAACACUCGUGGUAUCCAUCGGGUGUUCUUUCGUAGUGUGUUGAGGGGAGAGUCACUGAAGGCGUCUUUCGGCGGGCGUUGUGUUGGGAGGGCACUCACUGAGCUAAGAACGGUUCUCUGCGGUUGCCAUCUGCUGAGACCUGGUAACUAAGUUAGCAGUAGCUCCGCUGAGGAACGCAUGUCAUGUCUCGGCUGAGGCGCAGGUUUGUCAGAGAACGUUUGAACUAGCUGGUGCUACGGUAGGUUGACGGUGCGUAUUGCACGUCAUGUCCGGGGUUGAACGUCUUGCAACGAUUUUGGGCUGUAUGGGGCGAAACAACUUCGUGUAACUGAGGGCAUCGAUGCAGCAAUGAUGGCACUACAUCCUUUACAUCCUUUGGUUGUAACAUCCACCAGGAUUAGCCACUACAUGGACUUAUUUUAGCUGAUACCAUGCGGGUAUUUGUAUAACAGGACAGUAUACCUUUAAGGACAGUAAAUAGCUAGGUGUUACUUCAUAUAUGUAUUAUGUCGCGACAACCUGUAGGGGAAAACGCUAUUCACCGGGGGAACAUAAGCAUAGCGUUAGGUUCAUAUAUCAAAGUGUUUUAUAAGUCUACCGGGUUAACUGUUAGUUUGCGGCGCACUUAGUGCACUUAUUGCAUACUUUGCCGCUGAUCUGCCUCACCCAUGACACCAGCUUGGGGGAAAUGUUUAGGUUUAUUUGCUGUCGCAAAUCGCAAUGCGCUACGCUUAUCGUCUCGUUGAGAUUAGUACCUUGGUUAUCUCGUCUCGAUUCACAGUAUUUACCGCCACAUUUUGGCUUCACCAGUCUAUCUCAACUUCUUGUGAGCCAGUCACUCAUACUGUUAUUUUGAUAUUCUCGUUUAGUUUUGUGUUGCCGCGCACUGUGCUGCGUCACAACAGCGGUUGCGCGUGCAAUGUAUAUCACCGCUGGUGAUACUGAAGAGCUGUUUAUCGAAGUCGCAGGUCGUGCCAGCGCUGCGAGUAAACGCUUAAUACUCGUGUGAUACAAAUCGCCCGUGUGCAAUAUUCAGCCGGUGCUGUAGUGUGGCGAAGGGUUGUCUGUCGUCCUGCGAGUCAGGAGCUGUGAGACAGUACAGAAACCCACGCUGAAUAAAAUCCCGUUUUGACGUC